AUGGUACUCAGCACCGAAUGGUCUCAAGUUGAAGUGAUUGAUCUUCUGAAUGAUGGUUCUGGUCUCGGCUUCGGAAUUGUCGGGGGCCGCAGCACUGGGGUCGUGAUAAAAUCCAUUCUUCCUGGUGGCAUCGCUGACAAAGAUAACCGCUUGCAAAGCGGAGAUCAUAUCCUGCAAAUUGGAGAAGUCAAUCUAAGAGGAUUAACUGCAGAGCAGGUGGCUACUGUACUUAGACAGACUGGACAGCAGGUGAGAAUGGUAGUAGCAAGAUCUAUAGAUCCUAGUUCAGCUGACUUCAGUGUAUAUAACUGCUCAGCACCAAUUGUACCAACAAAGAUACUCACUGAUCCUGAAGAGUUAGAUAGACAACUGCAGAAUGGCUAUCACUCUUCUUUUUAUCAAUAUGCUGAAGCUUUAGAAGUGUUCAAAAAUGAUUUGAUCCAAAACCAAGUAGAAAAUUGCAUCAAUGAUCUUAAUUGUGAAAAUGCAUUGACUGUUGAUGAGAAUAAAGAAAACAUUACACCAAAUGGGUUGUCUACAAAUGAGCCUACACAGAUAAUCCUGGCACAAAUUGAUAUUGAUCAUAAUUGUGUGGAAUCAGAAACUGAGAAGUUUACUGUUGAUCUAAGAAAGGAUGAAUUAGGAUUGGGAAUUACUAUAGCAGGCUAUGUUUGUGAAAGAGAAUCCUUGUGUGGUAUUUUUGUAAAAAGUCUAAAUGAAAAUUCAGAAGCCUACAAAUGUGGUAAAAUAAAGAUCAAUGAUCGCAUUGUAGAAGUGGAUGGACAAUCCCUGGAAAAUUGUACCAACUAUGAAGCUGUGAAAAAACUCAAAGAAACCAGUUCUGAAGUUACCAUUACAUUUGAGAGAUAUCUGAGUGGCCCUAAAUUUGAGCAACUGCAAGAAGCUCUUGCUGAUAGGGAACAUAACUUGGAUAUCAGUCCAGUUUCUCCUUCUUUGACAACUUUAAGUUGGAUUCCUCUAGAUAAUACAGAGCAACCAAUUGAUGGUGAUAGAGCUUCUCUGCAGAGUGUCAAUAGUGCCAUAUAUGACCAGAACCCUGAAACUAAAGAGAUAUUCAUUGAAGAAAACUUUGAAGCUGACCUAGCUGGUGAUCUAGAAACAGCUAUCAAGAAAAAGUGGCAGGGUAUUGUUGGAAAGGGGGCAGAUAUUGUAGUAGUACAUUUGACUAAACUGAAAGGUCUAGGAAUUAGUUUGGAAGGUACUGUUGAUGUAGAAGGAGGUAUAGAACUUAGGCCUCAUCACUACAUACGUUCAAUCCUACCUGAAGGACCAGUGGGACAAAAUGGAGUCUUAAACCCAGGAGAUGAACUAUUAGAGGUUAAUGGGCAAAAGUUGAUGGGAAUCAAACAUGUCGAGGUAGUAAAAAUCCUGAGAGAAUUACCCAGCACCGUUCGAUUGGUUUGUUACCGUGAAAAUCAAUGUAAUAGAGUGAUAAAUACAUCACAGGACAGGGAGGCUUUUGAGGCUCGCAAUAUAUUGGGAGGCAGCUUGAAAAACCUCUUGCCACAGCCAGAACAAAAGCUGAUCAAGGCUUUGAGUGAUACUAGUCUGAAUACAUCUAGUACUGUUACAGCAACAGACGAACCCAACCUACAAAAGGCCAAAUCCCGGUCUCUAGAAGUCACCAACGUCGCCAUGUGGUCGGAGGAGGUCGAGUACGUGGACCUCGUGAAAGGCGACAGGGGCCUCGGCUUCUCCAUCCUGGACUACCAGGACCCGCUCGAUUCCACGGCCAGCGUGAUCGUGGUGCGCAGCCUCGUGCCUCACGGGGCGGCCGAGCAGGACGGCCGAUUGACGCCGGGAGACAGGUUGGUGAGCGUUAACGGCAAAGGGAUCAGGAACGCCACUUUGGAUCAGGCGGUGCAGGCGCUCAAGGGCACAGCACCGGGGGUGGUCAGGCUGGGCCUAUCGAAACCUUUGCCCAGUUGCCGGCAGAGCAAGGAAUCGGUCGGGACUUAGGCCGGUUUUUCGUCGGGUGGCGGGUCGAGUGGAAUGACGACGUGAGCGACCAGGGUUGCCACUGAUGCCAGAGUUAUCCGAAUUCUUUAAACUGUGUACCUACACCCAAACAACCCGACGCAACUACAAGUUGUAUUAA